AUGGAUGAUGAGGGUGAUGGUAAGGAGAGAGCGGCUGGCCCAGGACUGUGCUGCGGUUCAACGACCCUCUCUGCGCUUUGGGCGACUUUUGCGUUCAACACGGUCUUCACGUUAGCGCAGUGCUUUGGCGCAGUGCUCGCCAACUCGGUCGCCCUCCUCAGCGACACUGGCACCAUGUUUGUUGACUCACUGACGUAUGCCUGCAACAUUGGCGCCGAGUAUCUGAAGGUGCGUGGGGCGAGCGAGCGCACGGCGGCGGCAGUCGACCUAUCUGCGGCAGGGCUUUCAACCGUGGCGCUCCUUGCCAUCACCGCCUUCACCAUCGACGAGGCACUGCAGCGACUGCUCGCCACUGGAGAGGGAGAUAAGGGUGGUGAGGUGGAGGAGGUGAACGGCCCUCUCAUGUUUGUUUUCACCGCCGUCAACCUCGCUAUCGACGUCGGGAUGCUCGGCUCCAUCUUGCUGCGCGAUCGCGGCGGCUGGUCUGCGGUGCUGUCCUCCUCCCGACGGGCCACAGUCUGCGAGCCGCCGUCGGAGGGGGGCGGGAACGCCGGGAUGGGGAUCGGCUCCUCCGGCUCCUCUGGUGACCUCAACGUGUGGUCGGCUCUCGCACACGUGCUGACCGACACGAUGCGGACAGUUACCGAGAUGACGUGCUCCGUCAUCGUGAUGGUCAGCGAGAGCACGGAUUCGUCGCGGAUCGACGCGAUCGCUGCUUUGGCCGUCUCGGCCAUCAUUUUUGGCGUUGCGCUCCUUGUGGCAUACGAGGCGGUCGCUCAGUGGCGAGCGUGCUGUGCGAGGCAGCGAGCGCGCCAACAGCAGAGCACACAGAUGAGGUAG